UAUUAGCAGAUUGAUCUCAACACCGCCAUGGAGGGCCCCGACUCCAAGAAGGGACGCGGCCCCGCCGCCGCCACCGGCGCCGCGGCCGGCGGUGGCAGCGGCCUCACCGACGGGCUCAUCGUCGACAUCCUCUCGCGCGCGCCCGUCAAGUCGAUCUGCCGCUUCAAGUGCGUCUCGCCGUCGUGGCGCGCCCUCAUCUCCCACCCCGACAGCCGCAAGAAGCUGCCCCAGACCCUCGCCGGCUUCUUCUACUUCGACGAGUUCGACUCCUGCGAGUUCGUCAGCCUGGCCGAGCCGCCGCCGCCGAGGUGGAUCGGACGGCUGCGUCUCCCCUCGCUCUCUGAUUUCGCCUUCCUGCCCGCGAACACGGGCGGCGGGGCGCUGGACUGCUGCAACGGGCUCGUCCUCCUCAACUCCCGGAGCGCCUCCGCCUCCGUCUCCGAGCCGCCGGCUUCCUACGUCGUCUGCAACCCUGCCACCGAGAGGUGGACCGCCGUGCCGCCCGUGCCGGAACAAACCCAGGCCGGCAAGAUCUGCAUCUCCAGCAUCCUGUGCUUCGAUCCGGCCGUCUCCCCGCACUUCCACGUGGUCCGAUUACUGCAGGCAGACGAGGACGAUGGAUUCACCGAAGACAACCUGUUCGAGGGGUUUGAGAUCUACUCCUCUGAAACUGGAGGCUGGGCUUUUCAUCCCCAGAGCAGCGGGUGGUCUCCUCCCAGCCACUGGAGCAGGAGAACCUAUUUCAAUGGCUCGCUGCAUUUCAUCACCGGCGACCAACGCGCGAUCGCGGCACUGGACAUGGACGGGCAGACAAGGAGAAUCAUCCCAGUCCCGCGAACCAAAGAGGUCGAGCUCGUUGGGCAUUCUCAGGGCCGCUUGUUCUUCGCGAACAGGGAUGAUCGCAACGCCCACAAGCUAUCAGUCUACGUCUUGGAGGACCAUGGCAGGUGGACUCUGAAGCACUGUGUCAACACUUCAGGCCUGUUUCCUGGUGAGGACGAGUACCUGCAGUCUGGGCUCUUGGUGGGAGUAGCCGCCAUUCAUCCCCACUGCAACUCGGUCUUCUUGUUUGAUUCGCUGCAGGGGAGGUUGAUGUUCUACAAUAUGGACAGCAGGACUGUUCGUGUCAUUCGCAGUGUGUCAGAGUCCUGUUUGUGGUCAUUUGUACCUUAUGCCCCACUCCACAUGGAGACCUCAGCACUGGAAAAUGGCAACUAGAUGCCUGGAUGCUCCAAGAUGUCUGCAGCUUCAUAUUUCUCUAGUUAAUGAAAUGGUGCUGAUAUGCAUUUAGAGUUUACUUGGAUCUGAUGAAAUCAUCUAGCUAUUCCGCAGCAAAUUGUGCUAUCACACAACUGAAUUUGUUAUGCUUUAAUUUUUGUUUUGACCUCUAGAUGCAUAUCUCCUCUUGCUUUUUGAAACAAUAUUAGCUAAGUGCGCAAGGUAACCAUGUAAGCUGUGUUUCAGAGAGCGUGGUUACUUGAGCAGUUCUGGAA